GCGCCGCGGUCUAUAUAUAGCGGUACCGGGGCCGGCAGGACCGGAGCCGUUGCCCGCCCGGCCCCGCAGAGCCUUAAGUGCUCCUGUGCCUGGACCACAACAGCAUGUCGACAGAAAAACUCAAGAACCACAAAAUCAUCUUCGUGGUGGGUGGCCCUGGCUCGGGGAAGGGGACCCAGUGUGAGAAGAUCGUGCAGAAGUAUGGCUAUACCCACCUCUCCACGGGGGACCUGCUGCGGGCUGAGGUCAGCUCGGGCUCCGAGCGGGGCAAGACACUGCAGGCCAUCAUGGAGAAGGGCGAGCUGGUGCCUCUGGACACGGUGCUGGACAUGCUGAGGGAUGCCAUGGUGGCCAAAGCAGACGUGUCCAAGGGCUUCCUCAUCGAUGGGUACCCCCGCGAGGUGAAGCAGGGAGAGGAGUUUGAGAAGAAGAUCGCCCCCCCCACGCUGCUGCUCUACGUGGAUGCAGGGAAGGAGACGAUGGUGAAACGCCUGCUGAAGAGGGGUGAGACCAGCGGGCGGGUGGAUGACAACGAGGAGACCAUAAAGAAGCGUUUAGAGACCUACUACAAGGCCACCGAGCCUGUCAUCACCUUCUACAAGAGCAGAGGCAUCGUACGCCAGCUCAACGCCGAGGGCUCCGUGGACGAGGUCUUCCAGCAGGUCUGCUCCCACCUGGACGCCCUGUAGCGGAGCCCCCGGCCCCGCUCCCCCCGGCCCCGCUCCCCCCGGCACGCUCCAGCAGAGACAGCGGAAGCGGCUUUAUCCUGUUUUCGUGGCCGGAGCCGCGCGGAGGAAAUUUCAAGGACAUUGUGUUUGGCUCUUUCCCGUCUCUCCCCAGUAAAGUUCCCUGUAAUGA